AUGCGGUGGUUCCGCUAUGGGCCGGCAUACGGCCUGUCUCCUGAUACAGCUUUCUUCACUCAGGUGAACGUACACCCUUUAUCGAAAUUUAAAGGGUCCCGUCUCGCAUCGUUUUCGCCUGGCCCGGUCAACGAAAUGUUCUACAAAGGCUAUCUGACGCAUAUUUUCUCGGUUGAGGCACGAGCGUAUCCAACAACCCCAAGUUUAGUCCUGGGACUUCAGGACAUAGGCGUGGUAUCGCGAGACUUUGCGCCCAUGCUGAUACCGAAAGAAGAAGUCGUCAGCAUCUCGAUAUGCCGCCAUUUUCACACCGUGAACCAAGAACCUUUCAAUCUUUUCAAGUCCCACAUUGAGGCAUACUGUGCUAAUCGAAGUCAGGGUAUUUCCCGAGGCAACUGCAAAGAAUGCAAUACGGAAUAUGAGAUUCGGGUUCAAGAAGCUGAUACACACGAUGUAACCCUCACAAUUACACGUUGGAUUGACUUGGGAUCUGGGCUGAGUCUAGAAGAUAUACGGUGGAGAUGCUAUGUUUUCUUUGAGCCAGGCAUAGUCCAUACUUCGGACAUCGUCUCUGAUCCUCGUCAACGGUUUGAACAGGCCCCAGUCAGCUACGGAAGUUCCAGGAAUGUAUCGUUCGAGGAGCGGUAUCGCGGGAAUAUGUCUUUGAUGCAUGCGCAGAGGUAUAAGAAUAGGAUGAGGCAGGUUAGGGAUUACUCCUGGGCCACCAACUAUGAUUUUGACUUACAAAGUCGCGACAAGGAUCGGGGUUGCUGUAUUGCUUAG